CAAUUUUUAUCACAAAAAAAAAAAAGCAAGAAAACAACAACUUUUUAACAUACUUCCAAAAUACGCUCUGGGUUCUGGUCUCCACUUCAGAAAACUUCGAAAUCGAGAAGGCGAAGAAAAAUGAAUCCUCCUCUCUGGCACAAAAUUGCUGGUCUUUCUGGGGUAGUAGCACUUGGGUUGGGGACAUAUGGUGCCCAUGGCUUCAAACCCCAAAACCCCACUUAUAAAGAGGUUUGGCACACUGCAUCUCUCUACCAUUUGGUUCACACAGCUGCCCUGGUGGCUGCUCCUGUCACCAGACACCCCAACAUUUUUGGAGGCCUCUUGACUACUGGAAUUUUGGCAUUCUCUGGAACGUGUUAUGCUGUGGCAUUUCUUGAAGACAGAAAGUACUCUACCUUAGCUCCAUUUGGUGGCUUUGCAUUUAUUGCUGCUUGGGCAAGCUUGCUUUUCUGAUACUUCAAAUUGGAGAGUUGAGUAAGUUCUAUUUGCUACACUCGUGAAGUCGUAUUGUUGAGAUUUUGGACAAUGGAACCCAGAUAUUACCCUUUUUAUCUUUGAGUUUGGCCAGUUACUAAUAUAAUUUCUUAGUUUAGAAUUAUUCCAAUAUGUUCGUUUAAUGGUUUUUGCUGUAAAUCUAAAAAAUGCUUAUGGAUGUUGGAAUUUUAUAAAUUGCUAAUUACGAAUAAAUCAAACUUUAUAAA